CUCCGGAAUACAGAGCCCGGGAGAUACAGUGUGCAGAGCCUGGGAGAUACAGUGUGCAGAGCCCGGGAGAUACAGUGUGCAGAGCCCGGGAGAUACAGUGUGCAGAGCCUGGGAGAUACAGUGUGCAGAGCCUAGGAGAUACAGUGUACAGAGCCCGGGAGAUACAGUGUACAGAGCCCGGGAGAUACAGUGUGCAGAGCCUGGGAGAUACAGUGUGCAGAGCCUGGGAGAUACAGUGUGCAGAGCCUGGGAGAUACAGUGUGCAGAGCCUGGGAGAUACAGUGUGCAGAGCCUGGGAGAUACAGUGUGCAGAGCUCGGGAGAUACAGUGUGCAGAGCUUGUGAACUCCGGAAUACAGAUCCUGGGAGAUACAGUGUGCAGAGCCUGGGAGAUACAGUGUGCAGAGCUCGUGAGAUACAGUGUGCAGAGCUCGUGAGAUACAGUGUGCAGAGCCUGGGAGAUACAGUGUGCAGAGCUUGUGAACUCCGGAAUACAGAUCCUGGGAGAUACAGUGUGCAGAGCCUGGGAGAUACAGUGUGCAGAGCCUGGGAGAUACAGUGUGCAGAGCUCGUAUGAUACAGUGUGCAGAGCUUGUGAACUCCGGAAUACAGAUCCUGGUAGAUACAGUGUUCAGAGCCUGAUACAGUGUACAGUGCCCAGGAGAUACAGUGUGCAGAGCUCGUAUGAUACAGUGUGCAGAGCUUGUGAGAUACAGUGUGCAGAGCCAGGGAGAUACAGUGUGCAGAGCCUGGGAGAUACAGUGUACAGAGCCUGGGAGAUACAGUGUGCAGAGCUCGUGAGAUACAGUGUGCAGAGCUCGGGAGAUACAGUGUGCAGAGCCUGGGAGAUACAGUGUACAUAGCCUGGGAGAUACAGUGUGCAGAGCCCGGGAGAUACAGUGUGCAGAGCCUGGGAGAUACAGUGUACAGAGCCUGGGAGAUACAGUGUUCAGAGCCUGGGAGAUACAGUGUGCAGUGCCCGGGAGAUACAGUGUGCAGAGCCCGGGAGAUACAGUGUGCAGAGCCCGGGAGAUACAGUGUGCAGAGCCCGGGAGAUACAGUGUGCAGAGCCUGGGAGAUACAGUGUGCAGUACCCGGGAGAUAUAGUGUGCAGAGCCUGGGAGAUACAGUGUGCAGAGCCUGGGAGAUACAGUGUGCAGUACCCGGGAGAUAUAGUGUGCAGAGCCCGGGAGAUACAGUGUGCAGUGCCCGGGAGAUACAGUGUACAGUGCCCAGGGGAUACAGUGUGCAGAGCCUGAUACAGUGUACAGUGCCCAGGAGAUACAGUGUGCAGAGCCUGGGAGAUACAGUGUGCAGAGCCUGGGAGAUACAGUGUACAGAGCCCGGGAGAUACAGUGUGCAAAGCCUGAUACAGUGUGCAGAGCCUGAUACAGUGUACAGUGCCCAGGAGAUACAGUGUUAAGAGCCUGAUACAGUGUACAGAGCCUGGGAGAUACAGUGUGCAGAGCCUGGGAGAUACAGUGUACAGUGCCUGGGAGAUACAGUGUACAGUGCCCAGGGGAUACAGUGUACAGAGCCCGGGGGAUACAGUGUACAGAGCCCGGGGGAUACAGUGUACAGAGCCCAGGGGAUACAGUGUACAGAGCCCGGGGGAUACAGUGUGCAGAGCCCCAGAGAUACAGUGUGCAGUACCCGGGAGAUACAGUGUGCAGAGCCUGGGAGAUACAGUGUGCAGAGCCCGGGAGAUACAGUGUGCAGAGCCCGGGAGAUACAGUGUGCAGAGCCUAGGAGAUACAGUGUGCAGAGCCCGGGAGAUACAGUGUGCAGAGCCUGGGAGAUACAGUGUGCAGAGCCCGGGAGAUACAGUGUGCAGAGCCCGGGAGAUACAGUGUGCAGAGCCCGGGAGAUACAGUGUGCAGAGCCCGGGAGAUACAGUGUACAGUGCCCAGGAGAUACAGUGUGCAGAGCCUGAUACAGUGUGCAGAGCCUGAUACAGUGUACAGAGCCCGGGAGAUACAGUGUGCAGAGCCCAGGAGAUACAGUGUGCAGAGCCUGGGAGAUACAGUGUGCAGAGCCCGGGAGAUAAAGUGUGCAGAGCCCGGGAGAUACAGUGUGCAGAGCCCAGGAGAUACAGUGUGCAGAGCCCGGGAGAUACAGUGUGCAGAGCCUGAUACAGUGUGCAGAGCCUGAUACAGUGUGCAGAGCUCUUUUGUACAGAACUGGAGCAGCAAAGCAUUGUAAGUGAAAUUUAUACAACGUCUGGGAACUACAAUAUGCAAUGCCUGAGCACCAGAGCCUUCUGACUGCAACUUAUAGAUCCUGGACCUGGAGUGUACAUAGCUCUACUGUACAGAGUAUGAGUGAGCAGAACGCCUUAUGAUUGCAAUAUACAGAAUUGUGCAGUAACAGUAUAUAUUGCUGGGAAGUACAGUACAGAGCUUUACUGUUUGACUUAAAAGACUCAAAGAGUCCCACUGUACAGAGCCUGAGAUCUGCCAUACAUAAACAGUACUGUACAUAGCCUGAGAUCUCACAUACAUAACUAGUACUGUACAUAGCCUGAGAUCUGACAUACAUAACUAGUACUGUACAUAGCCUGAGAUCUCACAUACAUAACUAGUACUGUACAUAGCCUGAGAUCUCACAUACAUAACCAGUAUUGUACAUAAGCUGAGAUCUGACAUACAUAACCAGUACUGUACAUAACCUGAGAUCUGACAUACAUAACCAGUACUGUACAUAACCUGAGAUCUGACAUACAUAACUAGUACUGUACAUAGCCUGAGAUCUGACAUACAUAACUAGUACUGUACAUAACCUGAGAUCUGACAUACGUAACCAGUACUGUACAUAACCUGAGAUCUGACAUACAUAAACAGUACUGUACAUAACCUGAGAUCUCACAUACCUAAACAAUACUGUACAUAGCCUGAGAUCUGACAUACAUAACCAGUACUGUACAUAACCUGAGAUCUGACAUACAUAACUAGUACUGUACAUAGCCUGAGAUCUGACAUACAUAACUAGUACUGUACAUAACCUGAGAUCUGACAUACAUAACUAGUACUGUACAUAGCCUGAGAUCUGACAUACAUAACUAGUACUGUACAUAGCCUGAGAUCUGACAUACGUAACCAGUACUGUACAUAGCCUGAGAUCUCACAUACAUAAACAGUACUGUACAUAACCUGAGAUCUGACAUACAUAACCAGUAUUGUACAUAACCUGAGAUCUGACAUACAUAACCAGUACUGUACAUAACCUGAGAUCUGACAUACAUAACUAGUACUGUACAUAGCCUGAGAUCUCACAUACAUAAACAGUACUGUACAUAACCUGAGAUCUGACAUACAUAACCAGUAUUGUACAUAACCUGAGAUCUGACAUACAUAACCAGUACUGUACAUAACCUGAGAUCUGACAUACAUAACUAGUACUGUACAUAGCCUGAGAUCUCACAUACAUAAACAGUACUGUACAUAACCUGAGAUCUGACAUACAUAACCAGUACUGUACAUAACCUGAGAUCUGACAUACGUAACCAGUACUGUACAUAACCUGAGAUCUGACAUACAUAACUAGUACUGUACAUAGCCUGAGAUCUGACAUACAUAACUAGUACUGUACAUAGCCUGAGAUCUGACAUACAUAACUAGUACUGUACAUAGCUUGAGAUCUGACAUACAUAACCAGUGCUGAACAUAGCCUGAGAUCUCACAUACAUAAACAGUACUGUACAUAACCUGAGAUCUGACAUACAAAACCAGUACUGUACAGAGCCUCAGAUCUGCCAUACAUAAACAGUACUGUACAUAACCUGAGAUCUCACAUACAUAACCAGUACUGUACAUAGCCUGAGAUCUCACAUACAUAACCAGUACUGUACAUAGCCUGAGAUCUCACAUACAUAACCAGUACUGUACAUAACCUGAGAUCUGACAUUCGUAACAAGUACUGCACAUAGCCUGAGAUCUCACAUACAUAAGCAGUACUGUACAUAACCUGAGAUCUGACAUACAUAACCAGUACUGUACAUAGCCUGAGAUCUCACAUACAUAAACAGUACUGUACAUAACCUGAGAUCUGACAUACAUAACCAGUACUAUACAUAACCUGAGAUCUGACAUACAUAAACAGUACUGUACAUAACCUGAGAUCUGACAUACAUAACCAGUAUUGUACAUAACCUGAGAUCUGACAUACAUAAACAGUACUGUACAUAACCUGAGAUCUGACAUACAUAACCAGUACUGUACAUAGCCUGAGAUCUGACAUACAUAACCAGUACUGUGCAUAACCUGAGAUCUGACAUACAUAACUAGUACUGUACAUAACCUGAGAUCUCACAUACAUAACCAGUACUGUACAUAGCCUGAGAUCUCACAUACAUAAACAGUACUGUACAUAACCUGAGAUCUGACAUACAUAACUAGUACUGUACAUAACCUGAGAUCUGACAUACAUAACUAGUACUGUACAUAGCCUGAGAUCUCACAUACAUAAACAGUACUGUACAUAACCUGAGAUCUCACAUACCUAAACAAUACUGUACAUAGCCUGAGAUCUGACAUACAUAACCAGUACUGUACAUAACCUGAGAUCUGACAUACGUAACCAGUAUUGUACAUAACCUGAGAUCUGACAUACAUAACCAGUACUGUGCAUAACCUGAGAUCUGACAUACAUAACCAGUAUUGUACAUAACCUGAGAUCUGACAUACAUAACUAGUACUGUACAUAACCUGAGAUCUGACAUACAUAACUAGUACUGUACAUAACCUGAGACCUGACAUACAUAACCAGUAUUGUACAUAACCUGAGAUCUGACAUACGUAACCAGUACUGUACAUAGCCUGAGAUCUGACAUACGUAACCAGUACUGUACAUAACCUGAGAUCUGACAUACGUAACCAGUACUGUACAUAACCUGAGAUCUGACAUACAUAACCAGUACUGUACAUAACCUGAGAUCUGACAUACAUAACCAGUACUGUACAUAACCUGAGAUCUGACAUACGUAACCAGUACUGUAGAUAACCUGAGAUCUGACAUACGUAACCAGUACUGUACGUAACCUGAGAUCUCACAUACAUAACUAGUACUGUACAUAACCUGAGAUCUGACAUACAUAACUGGUACUGUACAUAACCUGAGAUCUGACAUACAUAACCAGUACUAUACAUAACCUGAGAUCUGACAUACAUAACCAGUACUGUACAUAACCUGAGAUCUGACAUACAUAACCAGUACUGUACAUAACCUGAGAUCUGACAUACAUAACCAGUACUGUACAUAACCUGAGAUCUGACAUACAUAACCAGUACUGUACAUAACCUGAGAUCUGACAUACAUAACCAGUACUGUACAUAACCUGAGAUCUGACAUACAUAACCAGUACUAUACAUAACCUGAGAUCUGACAUACAUAACCAGUACUAUACAUAACCUGAGAUCUGACAUACAUAACCAGUACUGUACAUAACCUGAGAUCUGACAUACAUAACCAGUACUGUACAUAACCUGAGAUCUGACAUACAUAACCAGUACUGUACAUAACCUGAGAUCUGACAUACAUAACCAGUAUUGUACAUAAGCUGAGAUCUGACAUACAUAACCAGUACUGUACAUAAGCUGAGAUCUGACAUACAUAACCAGUACUGUACAUAACCUGAGAUCUGACAUACAUAACCAUUACUUUACAUAACCAGUAUUGUGCAGAGCCAUUUGUCUUCUAUAUACAUAAAGAGAGCCUGAGGCCAGUGGACAAAGAACCAUUGGAUAUUGGGUCUGGAUUACAAAACCUGGAUUCCCUGCACAGCGUGUGGAUUACAGAGCCUGGAGACGAUGGAUCUAUAAAAACAAAUCAUGGGUACCCUGGAUAUACAACCUGCGGUAUAGAACCUGCAGCUCUCUGUUACGGAGCUUAGCUAUAUCUCUCCUGUGUUUAUGCCCUAAUAUUCUGCAGACAGAUAUUCUGGAGCUCUAGGACAUAUCGAGCCUGGAGCCCCCAGACAUAGCGCUCUGAGGUCAGAGCCUGGAGGGCCUCUGUCUGGCUGAGGAUGAGAGCUCUGACUGAUUUUGAUACCUUUAAUGGGCCAAUGUAUUGAUAUACUGAGAUGUUGUAUUCUUAGAAAUUACAGGUGCAAAGGAGAAUGAGAUGGCGGAGGUCAGACGUGACAGCACCAGCAGUCUGCAGAGGAAGAAGCCGCCAUGGUUGAAACUAGAGAUCCCGACGGUCAUAACCCCUAAUGAGGAGCCAACGUUUGUACAGCCAUUUAAGCGGCAGACCUUUUUAAGAAGCGUGAGUAUGCCAGUGGAGAACACACGAAUCCCAUCGCCACCGAAUGAGCAGAAACGUGCCAUCCUACAGAGACAGUCAUCAAUCACACAGACCAUAAAACGGAAGCACGUCAUGUUUGAGCGAAUCAGUACAAUGCCAGUGAAGGGGAACCUGGCCAGUCGCCGGCCAGUACGUUACAGAAAGCGUCGCACACUUUCCGCAUUUAUUUGCAGAGGCACUGCUGACUGGUUUGGCGUAAGUAAGGAAAACGACGCCACACAAAAAUGGCAAAGAAAAAGCCUCCGGCACUGCAGCCAACGUUAUGGAAAGUUAAAACCUCAAGUUAUCCGUGAAUUGGACUUGCCGAGCCAAGAUAAUAUAUCCUUGACAAGCACAGAAACACCUCCUCCUCUCUAUGUGGGACCAACACAGUUUAACAUGCAAAGGAUUAUAGAUCCCUUGGCACGAGGACGUGCCUUCCGAAUGGUCGACGAUAAUGAUGGCUAUAGCAUGCCCCAUACGCCAAUCACUCCUGGAGCAACCUCUCUCUGCUCCUUCACCAGCUCAAGAUCAGGAUUUAACAGAUUUCCCAGAAGGCGGAAAAAGGAAUCAGUGGCAAAAAUGAGCUUUAGGGCAGCAGCAGCUCUUGUGAAGGGUCGCUCAGUAAAGGACGGGACCUUGCGGAGGGUACAGAGGCGGAGCUUCACCCCAGCCAGUUUCCUAGAGGAGGACACCAUGGACUUCCCAGAUGAGCUAGACACGUCGUUCUUUGCCAGGGAGGGUGCGUUGCACGAGGACAUGUCCAGUUACCCAGAUGAGGUGUUUGAGUCUCCCUCAGAAGCUGCCAUGAAGGAAGCCGAGCAGACGGUUAAGUCCGAGGAUGAGGUGGAGAGGACGGGCAGUGCCUUAGACAAGAGCGAACUGGAGAAAUCGCAUUUAAUGCUGCCAUUGGAACGAGGGUGGCGUAAAAUAAAGGAAGGACAACUUGUGCAGCCAAAAGUUAGACUGUGCCAGGAGGUUGUCAGUGUUGGGGCCCAAAAGCGAGGUCAGCGUAUAACUAUACCCGUCAAGAAGCUCUUUGCCAAAGAAAAGCGGCCUUACGGGUUGGGUAUGGUGGGAAAACUGACAAACAGGACGUACCGCAAGCGGAUAGACAGCUAUGUGAAGCGCCAGAUAGAGGAUAUGGACGAUCACAGGCCGUUCUUUACGUACUGGAUCACUGUGGUACAUUUAUUGAUAACAAUUCUGGCUGUGUGUAUCUAUGGAAUUGCACCUAUUGGGUUUUCUCAGCACGAGACGGUAGAAUCAGUCCUGAGGAACAGAGGUGUUUAUGAAAACGUGAAGUUUAUUCAACAAGAAAACUUCUGGAUUGGGCCAAGUUCUGAAGCUCUCAUACAUCUGGGUGCCAAGUUCUCCCCGUGCAUGAGACAGGACCAGCAGGUGCACAACUUCAUCAGCAUGGCACGUGAGAAGGAGAAACACUCUGCGUGUUGUGUGCGCAAUGACAAAUCUGGCUGCAUACAAACCUCAGAGGAGGAGUGCUCGUCCACUCUGGCCGUGUGGGUAAAGUGGCCGUAUGACCCCAGUACCCCAAUGUUAGCAAACAAGAGCGAGCGGCACUACGGAUCUGUGUGUCACCAGGACCCGAGGUUCUGUGAUGAACCAGCGUCUGUUCCUCCGCACGAGUGGCCUGAUGAUAUCACAAAGUGGCCGGUUUGCACCAAGAAUACGGACGGAAAAUAUCCCAACCACCUUCACAUGGAUUGUGUUAUAACUGGCCGGCCCUGCUGUAUUGGAACAAAAGGAAGGUGUGAGAUAACGUCGCGGGAAUACUGUGAUUUUAUGCAGGGCUAUUUCCACGAAGAGGCAACACUAUGUUCGCAGGUACAUUGCAUGGAUGAUGUCUGCGGGCUGCUCCCAUUCCUUAAUCCUGAGGUUCCAGACCAGUUCUAUAGGCUCUGGCUGUCUCUGUUUCUCCAUGCAGGAAUCCUUCACUGCUUAGUCUCGGUCUGCUUCCAGAUGACAAUUCUGCGGGAUUUGGAAAAGCUGGCCGGCUGGCACCGAAUCUCUAUCAUUUAUAUAUUAAGUGGAAUCACGGGAAACCUAACAAGUGCUAUUUUCCUUCCUUAUAGAGCUGAGGUGGGACCAGCCGGCUCUCAGUUUGGGAUUCUGGCGUGCCUUUUUGUGGAACUUUUCCAAAGCUGGCAAAUCCUUGCUCGGCCGUGGAGAGCCUUCUUCAAGCUGUUUGCUGUGGUCAUCUUCCUCUUCACGUUUGGCCUACUUCCUUGGAUCGAUAACUUUGCUCAUUUCUCCGGCUUCGUUAGCGGCUUUUUCUUGUCGUUUGCAUUUCUGCCUUACAUUAGUUUUGGCAAAGUCGACAUGUUCCGCAAACGAUGUCAAAUUAUCAUAUUUCUCUUAAUAUUCAUCGGGCUUUUCUCAGGCUUAGUUGUUCUAUUUUACUUCUAUCCUAUAAAGUGUGACUGGUGUGAAUACCUGACCUGUAUUCCUUUUACAGAUAAAUUCUGUGAAAAGUACGACCUAGACGCGCAGCUCCAUUGACCCAUAUAAGAGUGAUUUUUAUAUCUAGUGUAAGUUUUUUUAUGUUUUACAAAUAUAGUGUUAUAAUAUCAUUAAGGUACUGAAGGAAAUAUAGCCAGACAAUCCUUUGCAAAGCCAACAAUGCUGGGUGACAAAGGGACAUUCUACUCAUGCAUGUGAAAGAGAAAGAUUAUAAGAAAUAUUACAAAGUUUGAAACUUAAUAGAAAGUUUACUUCUGUACACAGCUGGUCUGUGGGAUGAAUCUCACUGGCUGACAAAGAACACUCCCCAGCGUGCUAUUGGUAGUUCAUGACACACGGCACAAUCAAUGAUUAUUUUUCAAUCAAGCAAUAUAUUUAAAUGUUGUUGUUUUUUUAGAUACAACACAGAUAAAUAAAUGAGUUUAAUUUCCCUUUAACUUCAUUGACAACUUGAAAAAUGGAAUAAAUUGACCUUAUACUGCUGGGGACUAAAAUGUUAUAAAUGUGGGGGUUCUUUUUCUCUUCAAGAGAAUCCAUGGUGAUGCUAUUUCCCAUGCACACUGUUAAUUUAAAUUGUAUAUAUAGCAUUUGAUAAACUUUGCAAAGAUGUAUCUAAGACAAUUUUAUUUCUGAAAACAGAACACUUUGUUUUCUUGUUCACUUUUAUUGAACAACUGUGUGAUGUCUUAUUCUACUUGCUAACAUGAUUGUUUCCUGCAGGUCGUGCAGCAAAUAAAAGAAUCUGGUAGUGUUUUAGCUACCUCUGUAA